UUUGUGUCAUGUUUCAGUCCGGAACAUGUUAGACAGCGUACUCAAACUACGACGCACUCACGAUUCAACACAACUUUGCCUUUUACACAUCAGAUUUCUUAAGUCUUCCAGUUUUGAACGUCUUUCGUACGGGAAACACUACUUACCUCUGAUAUAAGCUUCAUUUAAAGUUGAGUAACACAUUUUUAUUAUCGUAAUGGACAAGAAAACAUAAUCUCUCUUAAACUAGAGUUUAGCCAUUGGUGGUUGUUAGAUUUUGUCUUCAGUUUUGAUCGAUAACGAUAUCCAGUGCUAAAAAAUGGCUAGUAGCAGUGUGGAAAUGGAUCCAGAUGUUGCCCGGAACCUGUUUGUAGAAGGCGCGACCCUGGUGCUGCUCGGAGUCCCGCGGGGCACGGAGCUGGGCAUCGACUGCAAGAGCUGGCAGGUUGGCCCCAAAUUCCGCGGGGUGAAGAUGAUUCCCCCAGGCCUUCACUUUCUCCACUACUCUUCUGUUAACUCUCCCAACUGUGGCAAUGAGAUUGGACCAAAGACUGGCCUUUUCCUUACUCUAAAACCAAGGGAGAUCCUUCUGGCCAAUUGGAAUGCUAAGGAGGAAGACUUGGACUUUUCAGCCUCUAAGAAUGAGGAAGAGGUAAGCAAGAUUAGAGCAAAUCUACAGGAGUUAGACCCUCAUUUAGGCCCUUAUCCUUAUGAUGUCAUGAGAAAAUGGGUCUCCCUCACUGACCGCCUCACUGAAGAGGUUGCCACCAAGCUACAGCCCCUUUCAGGUCGAAUCUGUGCCUUCAGUGAUGUGAUUCCUGAACUCCAAUUUACCCACACCAAGGACAGAGCCGAGCAGCCACGGAAUGACACGGCCUGCCAGAGCAUGAGAGAGGGACUGGACAGGCUACCUAAAAUGAAACACAGAGAAGGGACUGAGUUACGGUUUUCUGUUAUUCCCAAGAAAACUUACCCUCCAGGAGCAACUCCAGCAGAGAUUACACAGUGCAGCAUGGACCAUAGCUAUGCCCUUGAUGUGGUACUGGAAAACUACUAUAAAACUCAACCUCUCAACUUAUUAGGGGAGCUACAGUUUGCCUUUGUGUGUUUCCUGAUUGGUAAUGUCUAUGAGGGAUUUGAACACUGGAAAAGACUGUUGGCUCUACUGUGUCGCUCAGAGGACGCCAUGAGAAAACAUAAAGAUUUGUAUUUAGGACUCAUCGCUGUGCUGUACCACCAGCUUGGAGAAAUCCCACCUGACUUCUUUGUUGACAUUGUGUCCCAGAAUAAUUUCCUCACAUCAACUCUGCAGGACUUCUUCCAGUUUGCUUCUGGACCUGGAAUGGACAGCACGCUGCGUAAAAGAGCAGAGAAGUUCAAAGCUCAUUUGACCAAAAAGUUCCGAUGGGACUUUGACGCUGACCUGGAUGACUGUGCUCCUGUCGUAGUAGAGUUGCCUGAGGGAUUCACUGUUAACUAAAAGACAUUACAUUAUUUUUAUAGUGGAAAUGUGAAAAGGAGGAUUCACUUUCUAUUCACAACACUGAGUUCUGAGAGCACAUCUUGCCCUUUGAUACUGGUGAUGAACUUGCAGCAUUUGUUAUAUGAAAAUACAUCUCUCUUUUUUAAAACUGUAUUCAAUAUAUUUGAUGUAUUUUGCACUUAUAGUAAAAAUCUGAUUGCUCACGAGAA